AGGCUCAAUUAUUAUUAAACGACCAUUUCUUCACUCACUUCAAAUUUGAAUUCGAGCGCAGUCACUGACCACUCUUUCUCUCUCCCUCUCUACACCAACAAUGGCGGAAUCUCGCCGUCUCUCCUCUCCAAUGCCUUCGGUUUUCUAGGGUUCCAUCUCGAUUCUUGAUCGGAGUCAUCUCCACCAUGAUGUUCUCCACUUCCAAGCGAACCAGCUCCAGACCAAAGCCCAUUGAAAGCAUCGAGAAUGAUGGCAAGAACACUAGAGACUCCCUUCCUCUCCCACCUUUCAGAUCCCCUCUAAUCUCCAUCCAGGACCCCUUCCAGACCUCUCUGACACCCAGAUCUGCGCCGGCCACUCCGGCGAAGUCGUUUUCCAGGGCUCAUGUUGGGAAUUUGAGCUCGGGAACUAGUAAUGGCGGGCAUUCUCAUCAGGGAGUGGCGGCAAGGGAUAAGGGUAGCUUGUCCCGGACUCCGAGGGGGAUAAUCGAUUCCAAAGCUUUAAUGCCGGUUCACGUCCCGCAUUUUGAGCUCAGUGAAGACCCCUCCUUCUGGAACGAUCACAACGUGCAGAUUUUGAUAAGAGUUCGGCCAAUUAACAGUGCUGAGUCGGGCUCCCAAGGUAACACCAGAUGCUUGGUGCAGGAGAGCUUGCAGACAGUGGCAUGGACAGGGCAUCCCGAUACCAGAUUUACAUUUGAUCAUGUAGCAUGCGAGACCAUUUCUCAGGAGAAGCUCUUCAGAGUUGCUGGACUGCCAAUGGUUGAGAAUUGCAUGUCAGGAUAUAAUAGCUGUAUGUUUGCAUAUGGUCAGACUGGCAGCGGAAAGACAUAUACUAUGAUGGGGGAUUUUCAUGAGAUGGACAAUACGCUCAGUGAGGAUUGUGGGAUGACUCCUCGAAUCUUCGAGUAUCUAUUCAUGAGAAUAAAGCAGGAAGAGGGGGCUAGAAAUGAUGAGCAGCUGGAGUAUAGUUGUAAGUGUUCCUUCCUCGAGAUCUACAAUGAGCAGAUAACAGAUCUCCUUGAACCAUCAUCUACCAAUCUGCAGCUGAGAGAAGACAUGAAGAAAGGUGUUUAUGUUGAAAAUCUCAAGGAAUGCGAAGUAUCUUCUGUCAAGGAUGUCCUUGAACUUCUUCUAAAGGGAGCUGCAAAUAGAAAAAUUGCGGCAACCCGCAUGAAUAGUGAGAGCAGUCGCUCCCACUGUGUUUUCACCUGCAUCAUUGAGAGCCGAUGGGAGAAAGACUCAUUGCUACACCUUCGAUAUGGACAGCUGAAUUUAGUGGACCUUGCUGGUUCAGAGAGGCAGAAAAGCUCUGGUGCAGAAGGAGAGCGUUUGAAGGAAGCUGCAAAUAUCAAUAGAUCCUUAUCAACUCUUGGACUAGUAAUAAUGACGCUGGUCGAUGUAGCAAAUGGGAAAAAUCGUCAUGUUCCUUACAGGGAUUCUAAGCUCACUUUUCUUCUUCAGGAUUCCCUCGGUGGAAAUUCCAAAACAACAAUUAUAGCAACUGUCAGCCCAUCAAUCUGCUCGGCGGGUGAAACACUGAGCACUUUAAAGUUUGCCCAACGUGCCAAGCUAAUACAGAACAAUGCUAAAGUGAAUGAAGAUGCUUCAGGAGAUGUAAUGGCUUUACAGCAACAAAUACAAAAACUGAAGGAUCAGGUGGUCUUUCUCAUCAAGCAUCAGAAUAUCCAGAGGUUCCCGGGUCAUUUAUCUACGAGUCUUGAGCAAGUCAAUUUGCACGAUUGUCAUGAUGAUCAUGUUUCUUCUCAAAAUGGUAAUCCUGGUGCUCUCAAAGAUCCCAGCCUCCUAAAUGAAAAGAUUGAAUUCCUGGAAGCUGCUUUAAUUGGCUCUUUACGAAGAGAGAAAAUGGUAGAGGCUACAGUGAGGAGAUUAGAAGCUGAAAUUGAGCACAUGAACAGAUUGAUCCACCAAAGGGAAGAUGAUGCCCAGCAUAUCAAAGCCAUGUUGAGAUUCCGAGAGGAGAAAAUUAAAAGACUGGAAAUGCUUGCUGAUGACUUGUUAUCUUCUGAUGGAUAUCUCAUGGAGGAAAAAAUUUCCCUUUCUGAAGAGAAUAAGUUAUUGCGAGAAAGAAUAGAUAGGAACCCAGAGUUAACUCAAUUUGCCCUGGAAAAUAAAAGACUGUUGGAGCAACUUAGAGUGUUUCAAGAAUUCAAUCAAGAAGGAGAACGUGACAUGCUAUUAACUGAAGUCUCUCAUUUGCGCAAUCAGCUUUACAAUGUCCUUGAAGGAAAGCUUGCUCAGGAUGAUGAGAUUGUGAAAGAGUUGGAGAGAUGCCAGGAGCAAUUGAAUGAUUGCCUAGAAAAGAAUGUUAUGCUCACUAGAGAAAUUGACUAUUUAAGGAACCAACUUACACUUAACAUGGAACUUGAGGAGUCCUCAGUAGAAAAGUUGAAAAUUGUGAAGGAGUUGAGCAGUGGAGAAUUUUUAGUUGAUGCUUCACAAUCUCAGCAUUCACACUUGACUGUGAAGCUAGAUAACCCCAAGGGUGGAAGUUACUUCUCACAGAAACUAUUAGGAGGAGAUGAACAUAAAAUUAUGGAGCUUAUGGAAGACGAGCUUGACACACUAAUGCUAGAAGUUGAUGUAAGGGACACAAAUGAGAAUGAUCAACUUCACAAAAAAUUAUGCUAUCUUUUACAAGAAAAUAUUAGACUCUCUGAUCUUGUUGCUGCCAAAGAUGCUGAAAUCAGUGCAGUUUCUGAGGAGUGGGAGAGGGCAAUUAUUGAUUUAACAAGCUUACUUGUAGAUGGCUAUCAGUCACUAGAAGAUGCACAUGAUCACAUUGGGAGUGUUAUAGAGUCAUUUCCUCAAAGGCACGCCUGGAUCAACGGACGUGUGGAGAGGGCAAUAAAAGCCCUUAUUGAGAAAGAAAGGUUGAUUUCUGACCUUCAAAAGAAGCUUGAAGAUGCACAGCAAAUGGGGCUGGAAAUGAGAUCAAAAUUGGACUCGUUAAGAGGAGCAACACUGGCUAUAACAGAAGUUCAACAACUUGAGAAUGAUGCGCAUUAUAAAGAACUUAUACAUAUGAGAAGGUUGCUGAAUGAGAAGAUGCCUUCUCUUCAUAAAUUAGAAAACAGUUCUACAUGCAUGGGAGAACACAAUAGGAAGGAGAACAGUUCAAAUACUGUAUUUUCAGAAAUGAGAAAUUAUCUUCAUACAAAUGCAGGAAUUGAUGAAUUUAAUAGUGAUGAACUUGCCAAUGGAUCACCUCAAUUCAAGGAAACAGAUCAUGUUGGGGGCUGUGAUCUGGCUGGGCAAUCCAGUGAAAUAACUCCCAUGGAUAUGGAGGACAGAACUGAAGAAGCUGAUAUCUCAAAGGUAGAUUUCUCAGUUGAACGUGAGCAUAAUAGUGGUAGAUGCCUAGGAAAUUCUAAAGAAAAUGCAUGUGAAAGCAUUCAGGCAGACUUGCUUUUUAGAUUCGAAGAAGUUCAAGGAAUUAUGGAAGAGGCUGAGUUUAUGCUAAAUGCUUUGCUGAAAGCAAAUGAAGAUUCAAAACAAGAAACAAAUAUGUGGAGACGAGCAAGUGAGCAGUUGUUGGCAGAACAAAACACACUGGUUGAAGAAGUUCAACGGUUGGAGGCAUCUAUUUCUUCUCAGGAUACACAAGCAGGACUGCUAGUCGACCAAAUUCAUGCAAGCUUAAAAGAAGUUGUCGCAUCAUCAACAUCACUGGAAGAAUCCAUUCAAGAAAUCCAAAGAAUCACAAGAGAAAAACUUGAGUUGGUUCGCACUGAUAUUUUAUCUGUCAGACUACAAAUUUUGCAGUGCAUUAGCUCUUCAAGAUCAUGGAUGGAAGAGAUGUUAUCAGAGAUAAUGAAGCGAGAUUUUGAAUUAUUUGUUGUCUCGACCUGUCAUAUAAGAGCGUUUCUUCAGCAAAGUAUGAUUCUGAAUACAGAGCAAACUGUUCACAACCAUCCCGAGCAGACACUAUCACGGUGGAGAGAUAGUAGCAUGUCAGUGAAUGUUUCUCAAGCAGUCUCCAAGGUUCAUGCUGGAUCUGUUUCCACAAUUCAAUGUGACGAAAAUAUUUUGCUCAAAGAAGCAUCCCAAGAUGUAUUCAGUUCCAAAGAGGUGAAGUAUUUCCUUUCAGAAAGAAGUGCUGAAGAUGCAAAUAAUGUAGUAAGGAAUACUUCAAUGAAUGAGGAGUUGGCUCGGAAACAUGAUCUGGUGGAAGGGCUCCUCUUUGAUAUUAGAUUAUUACAAGAGUCUGCUACCAAUGUAAAGGGCAUGAAAGACGAAACUGAUAAAAUUGCCUUAUCUCUGGAAGUGAUUAGGGCUAAACUUGUUAUUAAGACUGCUCAGGUUGAUGACCUUUUGGUUCAGCAACAAGGUCUGGAAGCUCGGCUGAUUGAAAGUGAGACUGCACUUUCCAGUACAAGAUCUGAAUUGGAACAAUCCCAGGAAACCUUAGCUACACUAUCGUAUGAAAACUCAAGAUUGAGAAUGUUGUUGGAAGAUGCAUAUUUCCAGAAGUCACAAACUGAUGAGUUGUUGAAAGAUGAGAAGAAGGUUAUUGAAGGUUUAGAGAAGGAAAUUCUUUCAAUGAAUACUUCUAUUGAGGCAAAGGAUCUCUCAUCUGUUGAGGAAGUUAUGGAUGAAUUAAGAAUGUUAAGUAAUGAAAGGGAUCACUUGCGGGCAGAGAUUGUUGCUUUGAAUGAUAAGCUUGAGAUGGCAAGUGCUUUAGCUGAUGAAAAUGAAGCCAUUGCUGUGGAGGCCCGUCAGGUUGCUGAAGCAAGUAAAAUUUAUGCCGAAGAGAAGGAAGAGGAGGUUAAGGUUCUCGAGCGUUCUAUUAAUGAACUAGAGAGCACUGUAGAAAUCCUAGAGAAGAAGGUGAAUGAACUCCAAGAGGAAGCAGAAAGUCACAAGUUGGUAAGAAGAGAUUCAGAACUAAAAGUUCAAGCUCUCUCACAGAGAAUGCUCACAGUAGAAGGCAUCGCUGGAAAUUUAAUGGCAGAGGAUUUUCAGUUGUCAAGGCAUUCAGAUGGCGAGGUUGCUGAACUUUUUGAAGCAAGAAAGUGUAUUGAGGAGCUUGAAACAGAAAUAGCUUAUAAAGAAGAAGAGAACAAACAGUAUAGAGAUCACAUCACUGAACUGCUUCUACAUUCUGAAGCCCAAUCAUCAUUAUACCAAGAGAAGUUCAAGGCAUUGGAGGAUAUGAUUUCUGAGUUUAAAGCGGAUCCUCCACCUUCCAAAACUACUGCCUCAGUUACCAGUAGAGGAGAGAAAACACCAUUGAGAACAAGACGUUCUGGGUCACCAUUCAGAUGUAUAUCAAAUUUGGUUCAACAGAUGAGUUGUGAGAAUGACCAGGAAUUAUCUAUUGCUAGAACUCGCAUACAAGAACUAGAAUCACUUGCUGCCAACAGGCAAAAAGAGAUAUGCAUGUUAAGCGCAAGAUUGGCGGCAGUUGAUAGCAUGACACAUGACGUAAUUCGAGACUUGCUUGGAGUCAAACUGGACAUGACUAAUUUUGCUAAUUUGAUAGAUGAAGAACAGCUAGAAAACCUGGUAGAGAAAGCUCAGCAGCAAGCUGGAGAAACAGAAGAGAAGGAGAACGAGAUUUUGAAUCUGAAGGAUCAAAUUGAUGAUCUCCUCUUGGAAAGGAACAGUUGGCUGGAAGAAAUUAAUCAAAGGAAAGUUGAAAUGCUCACUUGUCAAGUGAAAGUUGAGAGGCUUCAACAGCGCGAUCAACUCCUCACAGCGCAAAAUGAGAUGCUGAAGUUAGACAAAAAGAACCUGCAUCGGAAGAUUGCACAAUUGGAUGAAACAAUAAAGAAACUGGCCGGGCCUCAAAGUAUAAUCCGAGAUCAAAUACAGCAACCUAUAAACACAAGAAGGGCAUCUGGUUUUAUGAGAGUUGACAGUGAUGAGUUGCAGCGGAGGAGUGCAACACCUUGUCGAUCAAAUGUUCGACCCCAAUUUGAUCAACAUUGAUGUUGAAUGUUGAUCUUCAUAUGGAUACACACGAUUCCUGUAAAAUAGCAUAGUUGUAAAUGAGUGUUUUUUUUUAAUAAUUAAUGAUUAAAUUGAAUGUAUUUCAAUGUGAUUAUAACUAUGCUACGAGCAAGAUAAUGAGCAAUGGUGCAUUUCAGC